GCAGUGGAAACAACUUGCGAACAUCGCAGCGAUGAGCACCACCAAAACAGAGCUUCCAAUCUGGAUACAGCAUGCGGAGGAGCACAAAAGUUGGAUUCGCCCCAAUCCCCUGCGCGUCUUUUCCACGGAGCGUCUCGAGCCGGAGAUGCCGGGCCGCGUGUCCGCCGUGCGAAUCCCCGAGGCCGACCGCGAGGAGACGGGCGAGACGCCGCCACACUGCGGCCCGCACAGACACCGGCGGGUGGCGGCCAACGCCCGGGAGAGGCGGAGGAUGCACGGCCUCAACAAAGCCUUCGACGAGCUGAGGAGCGUCAUCCCGUCACUGGAGAACGAGAAGAAGCUGUCCAAGUACGACACCCUCCAAAUGGCGCAGAUUUACAUCACCGAGCUGUCGGAGCUCCUGGCCGGGAUGGUCCAACAACACCCGGUCUCCGCGGACAAAACCUCCUGUAGGAGGAACAUGAUCCACACUCUCAUCCCGGAGCAGAACCCACGCAGGGACUCGUCCCCUCACCUCAUCAUACUCGGAGCUAAAAGUGAGCUUCAGAAAAGCACCUCCUGUCACUGCAGUGAUGGAGAAUCUUCUCAUCUCAGUGACGUAGAAGAAAGUCAAAGUGGAAGACAUUAAAUCAACACACUGGAAGUACAACGAGCCCAACUAUUACGGCAAAAAAAAUAACUACUAAAAGUUUGGAUUGUACAUUACGUUUGGGCAGUUCAACAAAAGUCCAUUGUUUUUAAGCUACGAGCCUACCAAAUGCCAAUUGUCACUUGAUGGUAAAAAGAAAAGAAAAGAAAACAGGAAUUAAAGUUACUACAAUGUAACUCUAAGAAAUACCCAGCUCAAAUGCUUUAGCAGAUUGGAUAGUAACUGAUUUUUGGUUUGUUUGUUACUAUUUCAUUGCAGUUUCUUUCAAUACAUGCAAAUAUUGCUGACAAUAUUACACAUUACCAUGUAGUACCUAUUUAUAUUUCCAUUUCAUCUGUGUAGGGUGCAACAGGAUUCCUUUAUUUGAGUUAUGCAAAAACAUCGUGUUAUAAAAAACCAAACAGAGGAGCUGUCAUCUCUGGUCUUAAAACUGUUGAUUUGUUUUCUUAAUGUACUCUCCUGAUUGGUUGAUCCCAAUGGUUAACUGAAAAAAAAUGUCCUGAAUGUAUGAAAAUCUUAGUCACAAUGAACUUUUA